AUGAUAUCGGACGAAAGAGAAGGUUUUGGCGGCAAAUUCGGCGUGCAAACUGACCGAAUGGAUGCAUCAGCCGUGGGGCACGACUACGUGGGAACCGUGGAUAAGCACGAGUCGCAGACGGACUACUCGCGCGGCUUCGGCGGCAAGUACGGCGUGCAGACCGACCGCGUUGACAAGACGGACUACGCGCGCGGCUUCGGCGGCAAGUACGGCGUGCAGACCGACCGCGUUGAUAAGGUGCGCUAUUGUGGACCUUGUGUCCUAGGUCGUCGUAAGGUCGAGUUCGGCGUGCAAACUGACCGCAUGGACGCGUCGGCCGUGGGGCACGACUACGUGUAG